UGCGACUUGGUCAAUUCUCUAUCCCGCUGCGCCCGGUGGUGGUUGAUGCUUUUUGGCCAGCUUCACAGCCUCGGAGUCCCCACCGUGGAUAGAUCUCGCUCAACAACAAUUGGGUCUGUUUUCUUCUCGACGCGAUCACUGCGCUUUCACUUGAAAGCUGCUCCGCAUGCCGUUUUCUCGCACGCUGUGUGGUUUGAUGCACGUGGAUCCUUCCUCGACGAGUGAACCCAACUCUAGAGCUGGUAGUCUGGCCCAGUUCCUAAUUUAUCGAUUGCAGCUGACAAAAUGCAGAUUACUACGAUCGAGGUGACACUUGUAUCUAUCUGCUGGUUGCAGCUGGAAAUGAAUUUCCGGGGGACCGGAUCCUGGUGAUGGUCACUGCGUGAUGGACAUAUUCACAGUGUAGUCGAGAUAUUCUCAAGUUGCCGUUUGCGCUUCUUCGACGGAGUGAUUUCUGCAACCAGAGAGUCGAUCGCUUGCUGCUUCAAUUCGAAGAUUCGGUGAGACGUGGGUUCCUUCCUCUUUCAUGUGGGGAAGCUUUCGGAUUGGAGCAAUCCAGGAAUUUAUGUCUCAAAGGAUGAGGUUGAUGUGGAUACCGAACCAACAAUGGCGUUGGAUGAGAACUGCAGCGACUUUGGUGUUAAUAUGUUGGAUUAUCCCACAAGUAGCGCCUGCGCAAGAUUUGGGAACCUGGGAGUUGCUUCUGGAAAACGCCGGGAUUGCCUGCAUGCACGCUGCGCUCACGCGCUUCGGAACUGUGGUGAUGAUUGACAGGACUGAUAUAGGCGCAUCACAAAUCGGUUUGCCAGCGGGCGUUUGUAGAGACAGCGAUGAUUUGGUCCUCAAGCACGAUUGCACCGCCCAUUCAGUGGUUUUCGAUCCGGUCACAAAAACUGUUCGGCCCCUCUUUCUUCAGACGGAUCCCUGGUGCUCGUCGGGACAGUUCAUGCCCGAUGGAUCUCUCAUGCAAACGGGUGGGGACUUCGACGGCGUCAGAAAAAUCAGAACGUUUGUACCGUGUGAGGCUUCUGGCAUUUGCGACUGGGUGGAGUCGACCACACAAGAGCUGCAAUCAGGGCGUUGGUACUCAACCAACCAACUUCUCCCCGACGGACGCCAAAUUAUCAUCGGGGGCCGAUCGGCGUUCAAUUUAGAGUUUAUCCCUCCAAAUGCCAACGGCCCUCUUUACUUCCCCUUCCUCAACGCUACAAACGAUGACCAGAACGAUAACCUCUAUCCUUAUGUGCAUCUUCUGCCGAGUGGUAAUCUGUUCGUGUUCGCUAAUCGGGAUUCGAUCGAGUACAACUAUUUGACCGACACAGUCGUGAGGACGUUUCCACGGAUUCCAGGAGAACCCCGGAAUUACCCAUCUGGAGGCUCUUCGGUUAUGUUACCCCUUCUGGCAUCGAAUAAUUUUUCCAUAGUGGAGAUUUUGGUGUGUGGCGGUGCACAGUAUGGUGCAUAUUUGAAUUCUGCUGCUCAAAUGACAUGCUCGAAUACCUGUGGGAGAAUGGUCGUCUCGGACCCUAACCCUACCUGGGCCAUGGACGACAUUAUGCCGAUUCCGAGGUGCAUGGGAGACAUGAUACUUCUGCCAACACGAGAUGUUAUGAUCAUCAAUGGCGCACAACAAGGGUCGCAAGGCUGGACGAAUGCUAUCAAUCCCGCGUUCAGUCCGGUCCUAUACUACACCUACGCGAGCCCUGGGUACCGGAUGUUGACUAUGGCGCCCACGACCAUUGCCCGCAUGUAUCACUCGACGGCCAAUCUGAUGCAGGAUGGCCGAAUCUUCAUAGCCGGUAGUAACCCCCACCAAUUUUAUGUUUUUGACGUCGAUUACCCAACCGAGUUGAGAUUGGAGGCCUUCUCGCCACAUUAUCUAGCCCCUUCGCACGACUUGCAGCGACCAACUGUCACGGUGUCGCCAUUGCAGAUCACAUAUAAUACUCCGUUCACCGUUACUGUCUCAGCUCCUGUCACCUUAGCAGGUCCUCCGGAGAUCAACCUCGUGAGCGCGCCGUUCUCCACCCAUUCCUACCAACAAGGGCAGCGUGUGGUGAGCCUCGCCGUGUCUUCAUCGGUGCAAAUCGCCCUGGCGACCUUGUACCAGAUCACCGCCGUGGCGCCGUGGGGCCCCACUCUGGCGCCUCCAGGGUACUACAUGCUGUUUGCUGUCAACGAGGCCGUUCCUAGCACAGCCGUCUGGGUUCUGCUGUCGACGUGAUCCCUCUACGUUCUAUCCAGCAUUCAUAGCUAUCUCUCCCAAACCAUUCCUCCACACAUUGCUAUGGAGCAAUAAUGAGGAGGGAAAUGCUACGUGCUGCACAAGCACAAUUCUUUAUCGCCGUGGAAUGUCUGCAUCUCAUUUUUCCGAACACACAAGGACAUGUGCAGAGGAUCGACAAUAUGUGACUUGGGGUUCGAUGGAAUUGUGUCCCUCUGCAAAUAUUGAGAUUGAGAUUCAAUUGCUAGUUUAAAUGGAGUGCGAGGCAGGAAAGCACUGGAAAAUGCUGUGCGGAAGAAUUCGAAGUAGUGAACAUUGGACCGAGUGGGAGAGAUCAUAAUCUGGGAGCACCGAGUCGACGAAUUUGCAAGCUCAGAGCGUGUUCGCAAUGUACGGGUUUAUGCAUAUCGUGCUCUUGAUCUGAACCCGAAAUCAAAAACACACUCUCUUGAUCACCCGAAGUAUCCAUGAUCCCUCCCCCACCCAAUAUAAAAAUUAUAUAUAUGUAUAUAUACUUAUAUUUAUAUUCAUUGGUGCUAAUAUAUAUAUAUAUAUAUAUAUAUAUAUAUGCAAAUAUAAAUAAGAAGUUGUUAAAUUGACCCAUGUAUUUACUAAAUAACCCACGCAUCCUAACCAUUGUCAAAAAAAUUCUCCAUGCCUGGAUCUGUAUUGGUAAAAAAACCAAUGAAAGAAAUGGUUGCGUCAAUUUAAUAACUUCCUAUAUAUAAAUACAGUUUUGUGUGUA